AUGGCGGCACCAGGGGAAGUGGGGCUAGGGGGGCCCCAGGGCACUGAGCUGGUGGAGCAGGGGCCCUGGGGUGCUGAGCUGGCGGAGGGGGGCCCCUGGGGUGCUGAGCUGGCAGAGCAGGCUUCCUGGGGCACUAACGAGGAGGAUGAAGACAAGGCCUCCAUGGACUGUGUGAUCUGCUUCUCGCCCUAUGACCGGUUGUUCAAGGUGCCCAAGGCGCUGGGCUGCGGGCACACCUUCUGCCUCGAGUGCCUAGCGCGCAUCAACGUCUCCUCGGAGCAGGUCAACGCCAUCAGCUGCCCCGUGUGCCGGGAGUUGACCUGCCUGCCCCCCCGCAAGGGCCUGCCUGGCUUGCCCACCUGCCUGGACCUGCUGGACCGGCUGCCCCUGGCGCCUGCCGCCCCCAGCAGCUCUGUGCGCUUCAGCCGGCGCCGGGGGCUGCUGUACGUGCCGGGCUGGGGGACCCGAAAGGGCCGGGGGCUGGCGCUACCCAAGCCAGGCCCUGCUCUCAGCACUGUCAGCCUGAGCGUGGAUGUGGGGCGGCCCGCACCGCGGAGUGUGGGCGGGGGGCUGCGGGGGCUGGGCUGCUCCAGCUGGCCCUUCGCUGUGGCUGUGGCUGUGGCCGUAACUGUCACCGUGGGGCUGGUGAUCUCCGGCGUCUACAUCUUCUUCAUGCUGCCGACGACCUACGGGCCAGGGCCAGGCGGGCUGGGCAACGCCACCUGGCAGGUGCCCUGGCCCAAUGGCACUGCUGCGCCGCCCAGUGACAGAUGGCUGCUGGCACAGCCCCCCAGGGACGGGGCUAUGGGGCUGGCUGGAGAGACAGCACCUCCACCGCCUGGUAUCAGGAGGAAGAGAUGGAGAGGCCUGGGCCCCCCACCACUGAACCGAGCCAGGAACUGA